AUGGGCGAUGAAGAGGAGGAAGAGUUCGUUGAAGACGAUGAUGGAGAAGAUGACGAUGGCGAAUUUGGUGCUGCAGCGGAGCGAGAGCACCAGCUGCAGCAGCAAGUACGUGUGCAAUCUCAGUAUCAACGUCGGCACUGGUCUGGAAAGCCACCUUCAUCUGGUGCUAAGUUCAGGUCAAAUACCAAGUUUCGGCCGUCAUCGGCACCCACAGGGAGGCCGAAGUCGGCUUCGACUACCCGUAAUGCCCAUGACAACGACGAAAAGCACCGACGAUCUGCUGCGUCCAUCUCAAUCGGGUACCUACGGGCCGCUUCCGAGAAGAAGAAGGCGCGAGAUCGAGAGUUUGCACGAGAGCUUUUUCGCGAGGAGAACGAAUUCAAGAAGAAAAUUUCCGUCAAGAUCGAGCAGGCAAACAAGAUGAUGACUGCUAUCGGGAGCUCCAAGUCGUUCGGCCCAGCUCCUGACCGAGAUGGUAUUCACAUGGUCAAAGUCCUCGAUGCUGUGGCUGGCGAUCGUGUUAUCUCUGUCGAGAUUUUUCAUAUCCUUUCCCCACCAUGCCCCUUGUGUUUUCAACUGCGUGAUAUCAUGCUUGCGGUAUUUUAUAUGCUCUUAAUGUUUCCUUUAACUAGUCUUUUUCUUGCUUCACUCCGCGAGUUCGAGCAGCUUGCAUCCGUCCCGUUAGGCCAAACAAUGCAACAGUUUUCCUCACCCUCCAGCAACAAUACGAUAAACAAGCUGUCAAGGAGUUCAUCAUCUCGUACUAAGAGCUCAUUGACGCGCGGCAGCAUCGCUCCGCGAGUAGCUCGCUUAAGUGUUCGACCAUCCAGCGCCUCACGCGAGCCACAGUCAGAUAUCGAUGGAACUCGCUUACGAGCAGCCAAGAUCAAGCCCGCCGACCGCUCCCAAGUGCAAGAAGAACUUCGCAGCGUAUUAGAAGGAACUAUCGAGCUCACCAAGAUUCUACAAGAGCAGCUUCAUGAACUAAGGCUCAAAGGAUGGAACGUCGCGCCGCGCUCGUGACCUGCUUCAACCUGAUUAUCGAACGGCAACUUUUCGUUCCUAAAUAAUAGCUUGUUAUCGAAGUGUCAAACAUAAUAUAUCACGAUCAU